GUAUUAACAUACAAAGCAUAAAUGGCUUACUCUAAAACCUUUCUCCUUCUCGGCCUCCUCCUCGCUCUUCUUUACGUCUCCUCUCAUGUCUCGGCUCGUUUACUUGAGGAAAAGAAAAGUGUUGUAAAGAGUGACGACCAUGAUGAUGAUCACGACCACGGCCUUGGAUACCGCUAUGAUGACCAUGACGAUGAUCAUGACCACGACAAACAUGACCAUGAUGACCACGAUGAUCAUGACCAUGAUGACCAUGACAAGGAUGACCACGAUGAUCAUGACAAGGAUGACCAUGACGAUCAUGACCACGAUGAUCAUGACAAGGACGACCAUGACGAUAAUGACCACGAUGAUCAUGACAAGGAUGACCAUGACGAUCAUGACUACGAUGAUCAUGACCAUGAUCAUGACGCUAAUGUCAAUAGCUUGGAUGAUCACCAUGAACAGUACGACCAUGACCAUGAUCACGAUGAUGACGACCAUGACCACAACCAUGACCAUGAUCAUGAUGAUGACGACCAUGACAACAUUAAGAAUUAAAGACCUAAAAUUAACACUUUAUCUACACCAUGUUGGUAAUAGUAAAGGCAGCGUCACAUGAAAUAAAAUGUGUUUUUUUUUUUUUGUGUAAUUUAAAUUAAAUAAAGCAGUCAGAGAUUAUAUGCUAAAUUGUCUGUUUGUUGUAAUUUCUUGUCAUUGUGGUUUUUAUAAAUAUUUAAUAU